GAGGUUAGAAAAUUAAAAAACAUCUGGUCGUGAUUUCGAAAAAUGCAAUCUCGCCGAGUUUUCUUCUUCAUUACAAUUUCAUCAGUGUAAUUUUCCUUCAGUUUCAGUAUACUGUUUUUUUUUAUUUCCAUCAUAAUCCAUUGUCCUCUCAUCAACGUUCUUCUCCCGUCCAAUUUCAGUCAUGGCCAAAAUAUUCACUCCAACUAAUCAGAUACGCCUCACAAAUGUUGCUGUUGUUCGAAUGAAAAAGUGUGGGAAAAGAUUUGAAAUCGCUUGUUAUCGAAACAAAGUAGUGUCUUGGAGGAACAAUGUAGAGAAAGAUCUUGAUGAAGUCUUGCAAACUCACACGGUGUUCACUAAUGUUUCUAAAGGGCAAGUUGCAAAAAAAGAGGAUUUGGUCAAAGUCUUUGGUACAGAUAAUGCGACAGAUAUUUGCAAAGAAAUUUUAGCCAAAGGAGAGCUUCAAGUUUCAGAUAAAGAGCGAUCCUCACAUAUCGACUCUUUAUUCAAAGAUAUUGCCACAACAGUUGCAGAAAGAUGUAUCAAUCCAGACACAAAUAGAAUGUACCCUGUAACAAUGAUAGAAAAAGCGAUGAAGGACUGUCACAUUUCUGUUAAACCUAACAAAAAUGCUAAGCAACAGGCACUGGAAGUCAUCCCACAGCUCAAGACAGUGAUACCAAUUGAAAGAGCCCAGAUGAGGGUCAGAGUUACACUAUCAGGAAAAGAAGCGAAAAAAUUGAGAGAAAAAAUGACUCAAUUAAUUUCAAAAGUAGAAAGUGAAGAGUGGUCAGAUGGCACCCUAAACAUGGUUUGCCUUAUUGAUCCCGGACACUUCAGAGAAAUUGAUGAAAUUGCAAGAGUUGAAACACGUGGACAAGGUACCCUUGAAUUAGUCAACUUGAAGGAAAUGCAAGAAGGUGAAGAAGAGUUUUGAAAUUUGAAUGUUCACCACAACCUUCAACCUUCGGAGGAUUUCAAGGUCAACAAAAAAUGUUUCUUUGUUUGCUGAAAUUUAUCCAUUGAUGUUGUUUUAGUGCCUGUGUCUGUAACAGCAAAACAGCAGUCAUCGUGGACUUUGUUGUCUCGGAUUGCUGAAUCUUUGGUUUCAUGUGAUGGAAGAAUUAUGCAUACUUCAUAUCUUAAGAUGAGCUCAAAGAGAGAUUUUUAAUCUGAAUCAAAUUUAUUAAUUCGUAGUCUCUGCUGCCUGCACUGACAGCAAUUUUUUAAUGUUAUCCAUUUGUGCAAAAGAGCCUCUGAAGUUUUAGAUAACUACCCAAAAUUCAACACAGAAGCAUGAGAGGAAACAAAUCGAAUGUCUCGUGAUCCUUUUUGUCGAAAGAUGCCAAAAACUUCUGGGAAACAGUUAGCUUCAAAUGAUUUUUCUGCUUAAUGAGGGAAGUAUUUAUUUACCAAUUAAUUUUAUCAAGCUUUUGGUGGAUCACACAGUUUGUAAUUGUUGAUGUUAUACCUAUACUCUGGAAUCUGCUCAUUUUUGGAGGUGAGAGCUCAAUUCUCUGAACCAAGAUAUUAAGUAGUCACUAUUUUUUAUAUUUUUAGUAACCCUAUUCUCUCCAUUUACAUCUUUUACUACAGCUUCUUUUUUUUCUUUCUUUCUUUCUUUCUUUUUUUUUUUUGCACUACUAUCUUCAAAUAAAUCAAUCCCCAUUAUUUCUUAGUGGGUCUGAUAGUUGGUUUUCAUUGGUAUUAAAGAAAUAACAAAGUUACAAGAAUUCAAAUUUUAUUUUUUGGUCAAAUUGCGUUUACAGAAAAUUUUUGGAUCACAUUGAGUAUUAAUCUGAGGUAAUAACAAAGAACUUUUUCUUGAGAACAGAGUAGUAACAUAAGAGAUUUGAAUUGGUGGCUAUGGAGCACUCUUUUUUUACUACAGCCUCUCAGCUGCAAUUUUCAGUGUCUAUGGCAGUUUGUUGAGCCUUCUUUAGACUUGGAAUGUUCCCCCAGAAGGACCUUGAUCUAUUUUGAACGGAUAAAUAUGUUGCCUCUAAAACAGUAGAAUCACAUCAAAAAAAUAAUAUCAUCUCUAUCCUGUAAUGUUUUGGCAUAGAUGUAACUUUUCAAACAGCCAAAACAAGUAACGACCAUUAUUGUUUGUGUUCAGGAAUUGUGAAACUUGUUAGUGUCAUGGGAAACCAACCGGUCCUUCCAUUUCAGUCACCCACAGAGUAUUUAAUUAAUUAAUUUUAAUUAUUUAAGUAUUUAAUGUCAUUCAUUACCCCUGGCAUUAAUGCUUCUUUCAUGCAAAUGAAAUGGAAAGGCCAUUUGGUUUUCUGCGAUUUUGAAAACAACUUGAAAAUCUUAAAAUCAAUCAAGUCUUUGGUUCCGAACGAGGAAAUCUCUGUUUGGCUAAAGUUAGCUCCUUCAGCGCAUAAAGUGCCAGAAGUGCGCAUAAAGUGUCAUUUACAGAUCUGUUCUUCUAGUUAAAUCUGAAAUUCUCUCUGAACAGCUCUCUAUCUGCUCUUCCCAAAAAAAACCCCUCCACCGCAAGCAGUGGAUGGUACACAUAACUGUAAUCCCGGUGAUUCCUGCUCCUCUUCUUCAAAUGCUCCACCCUGAAUCACCUAUGAUCAGGGCACCCUCAUCGCAUCUCUUCGUAUGCUGCAACAUAUUCUUACCUUGUAUUAUGUUGUUCAAUCUAAUGUAAUCCUGUGAUCUUUGACGUAAUCUUUGAAUAUUCUUCCAAGUUUUGUUACUCACAUUUAUAUUAUAUUUCUCUGAAUAAAUGAGGAAUCAAUUUAAAAAAAGAAA